AUAUAUGCAGAGGAGAAGGCAGGCUAGUGUGUUGAGGUGUGGUAUAUCACAGUGUUCCAUGCCCCAUGGGACUGGCCAGAGAGUUCUGUGAACCCAGGGUCCUGGAGGCGUCCCUUACUCUCCCAAACCCAUGGGGUUUAGCCUAGAGCUUCUUCAUGGACUUAGGGACCUGAGUUGCCUUUCCAUACCGUCUUUCCCCAUCGCUUCCUGGGUAAAGGGCUUCAGAGGCCCCAGAACAGGCUUCUCCACCAUCAGCCCAGCGUGAUUGCAGUCCUCUGAGAAUUCUCAGAGCCUCUUCACUGCGGCUGAUGCCUGACCAGGAUGGGAAGUCACCCUUGAGCCUGCUUGACCCCCCAUGGCUUUGUCUUUAGAGUUUUGAGGGCUGUGGCCAGUGGGUGGGCUGGCCCACACUCAGGAAUGUGCUCUGGCUCCUGGUUGAGCAAUGAAUGACAUGACACUGUGGGGGACAGUUGGGAUAGGGGAGAUUCCCACAGACACUACCCUCUCCCUCUAGGCAGAUGUGGGAACAGACUUACAGGAAACAGUAUCUCUCGCCCAAGCUGAGCAGAGCCUCUGGAUGGGACACUUGACAGGCUGAGUGGCUUGUGCAGACAUUCUCUGGCACUCAUUUUUUUUUUUGGUUGUUGUUGUUGGUAUCAAGCAGGGGGUAUAGAGAUGGGAGAGGGCCAUGCUCAGGGGAAAGAGAGAGUGAGGGAUGCGGGGAAGGUACUGAAACUCGGAGAGAAGGUCCAGCCCAGGGCUCUUCUGCCCUGCAAGCAGAAGUCUGCUCGAGAGCACCUCAGUGGGGGCCUCGCUCCUCCAGCUGCCUCCCGUUUGAACAUCCUGAGGCCAGGGAAAGACCAGACCCAAACCAGGCCCCCAAGAGGAAGAGGCUCAUCAGAGCACAGGCAUAGUCCUAAGUACCACUGGACCCAGGGAGGCAGGCUAGCAGCCGGGGCGGCUCUGAGCUGUAGAAGUGAGGGUACCCAGACAGGACAUCCUCACCCUCUAGAGGUCUAAGGUUGUGUUUCUGGGUCACCAUGUCCCAGGGUGGAUGAUGCAGUAGCACUGGGUGCCAGGGAUUAGACAUGUGGCCCGUCUGCUCACCCCCUUCCCAUGUAUGGAUGAGGCUGUGCCAGGCUGUGAUAAAUGGUCUUGAGUGGCCGCCUUGCUCCACUUCCCUGUACCAUGUGGGGCCUAGACUGAGCUGCUGCCUAGAUGGAACCAGCUGAGAGUAUGGGGCUGGGGGAUGGAGCUCCACCCGGCAGGAGACACCCUGACCCUGAGCUGUUGGGAGCCAGGGAAGUGGCAAGAGAGCCUCUGUGAGCCCUGUGCCCUAGGUUCUUCUGGGUUUGGCAAGCAUCACAUUCCCCAUGGCACCGGGAUGAGGAGCCCCCUGGGUGCUGUGGGGCCACCAGGAAAGACCCUGGGAUCCACGGGCAGUGAAAGAGUUAACAGCAGCAGCCGGCCCUUCUCUUCAAGAAAAAACUCCCUGUAGAUGCCUGGCCUGCCUCCAGGGCCAAGCUGUAGGAGCUGAAAACUGGAAGUUCAGACCUGUGGCCAGAUCUGCCUCUGUAGCAAGCGCUGGAGGAGGGCGGCAGCCUGGCCGCUGUGUCUGUCCGUCUGCUGUCUGUCUCUCCAUAAACCCAUGUGGCUGGCUGGCUGGCUUCCUGUUGGUCCUUCGUAAACCUGCUUACCCACCUAUCUGUAAGCCUAUCUAUGAUCUUUUCUAUCCAGUUGUCUGGCCUGUGUGAUAACUUAUCUCUGGACCCACUGGUUGUUUUUUUUUGUUUUUUUUUUUUUCCUGUCUAUCUGAUUGCCUGAGUUUACCUGUAGAGUUUCUUUUCCACUUGUCUGCCAGUUUGUUCCUCUGUCUGUCCACUGCCCUGUGUGCCCACCUGCCUCCCCUCUCUCCCUGGACCCCUGAGCCAUGGCCUGGAGUCACAGGGCCACAGUCUGCCUGGUCCUGCUAGGUCUGGGUCUGGGUCUGGGUCUGAUUGUGUUGGCUGUGGCUCUUUCUCAUCAUCGCGCCUCCUGUGGCCCUGACGCCUUUGCCCACGCUGCUGUAGCUGCUGACUCCAAGGUCUGCUCAGACAUUGGACGGGCCGUCCUCCAGCAGCAGGGCUCGCCGAUGGAUGCGGCCAUCGCAGCCUUGAUCUGUACCGGUGUCGUUAACCCACAGAGCAUGGGCCUGGGUGGAGGGGUCAUCUUCACCAUCUACAAUGCAACAACAGGGAAGGUGGAAGUCAUCAAUGCUCGGGAGACAGUGCCAGCCAGCCAUGUCCAAGGCCUUCUAGACCAGUGUAGAAAGGCCCAGCCACUGGGCACAGGGGCCCAGUGGAUCGGGGUUCCAGGGGAGCUCCGUGGCUAUGCCGAGGCCCACCGCCGACAUGGCCGCCUGCCUUGGGCUCAACUUUUCCAGCCCACCAUCACUCUGCUCCGGGAGGGUUUCCGUGUGCCCCGGGUCCUCAGCCAGUUCCUCAACCACAGCUUCCUGCGGCCCUCCUUGUACUCGUCAACCCUGAGACAGCUCUUCUUCAAUGGGACAGAAACCUUGAGAUCUCAGGACCCAUUUCCGUGGCCUGCACUGGUCAACACCCUGGAGACUGUGGCCAUGGAGGGUGCGGAGGCCUUAUACACAGGGAGGCUGGGCCGCAUGCUGGUGGAGGACAUUGCCAAGGAAGGAAGCCAGCUGACAGUUCAGGACUUGGCGGCCUUCCAGCCUGAAGUGGUGGCUCCCCUGGAGAUGCCCCUAGGAAACUACACCCUGUACUCACCACCACCACCUGCAGGGGGUGCUAUUCUUAGCUUCAUUCUCAACGUGCUGAAAGGGUUCAAUCUCUCUGCAGAGAUGGUGGCCCGGCCUGAAGGGAAAGUGAACAUGUACCAUCACCUUGUAGAGACACUCAAGUUCGCAGUAGGGCAGAGGUGGCGGCUAUGGGACCCUCGCAGUCACCCAGGGACACAGAACACCUCCCAGGACCUUCUCGGGGAGGCUCUAGCCCAGCACAUCCGCCAGCAGAUCGAUGGCCGUGGCGACCACCAGCUCAACCACUACAACCUGUCCGGGGUCAGGGGCAACAGGAUGGGCACCUCUCAUGUGUCCGUGUUGGGAGAGGACGGCAGUGCUGUGGCAGCAACCAGCACCAUCAACACACCCUUUGGAGCGAUGGUGUACUCACCUCGGACCGGCAUCCUCCUUAACAACGAGCUACUGGACUUGUGCUGGAGACAUGUAGAAGGUUCCACGGUCACUCCUCCACCCGUUCCAGGUGAGCGCCCACCAUCUUGCAUGGUCCCCUCCAUCCUGGUCAACAAGGCCCAGGGAUCCAAGCUGGUGAUUGGUGGGGCUGGCGGGGAACUCAUCAUCUCUGCUGUGGUCCAGACCAUCAUGAAUAAGCUGUGGCUUGGCUUUGACCUGACAGAAGCCAUUGCAGCCCCCAUCCUACAUGUCAAUAGCCAGGGCCACGUGGAGUAUGAACCCAAGUUCAACCAGGACGUGCAGAAGGGGCUUCAGGACCGGGGCCAGAGCGAGAGCCCACGGCUGUUUUUCCUGAAUGUGGUCCAGGCUGUGUCCCAGGAAGGGCCCUGUGUCUAUGCGGCAUCUGACCCGAGGAAGGCUGGAGAGGCUUCGGGAUACUAAGACGGCUUUGCCCCGAGCUAGGAUCUGACCCACUAUGAGUUCGGUGCCUCAGACAGAGGAGGCUGGAGGUCUAAGCGCUCCAGAACCUGGAUCCUUUGCCGCGAGAUCAACCUGGGACUGAAAAGGACAGGGACAGCUCGGCAGAUGAAUGACGGAAGAGGGAAGGAUUGACUUGUUUGUGGUCCCUUCCUGACACCUCCUGUGGCCCUGCUCUGCCUCUUCUAGCCUCAUGCCCAUCCUCUAAAUGGUCUACCUACCAGUCCAGGAUUAAAGAGGAGCCACACUGUGGACUGAUUUAGUGGUUCUAAGCAGGUAAAGGGACACUCAGCGCCCUGUGACGUGCAAUACACCUCAGACUCUUAUGGCCCUUCAUGACUCACCAUCAAGGCUCAGAGAUGGGCCAGGUUUCAUAAGGCUCAGAGAACAGAGGCCACUCACCUCUACUCUGUUCAAGCUACAGUGUGUUUGGGGGCUUUGCAGUGUGUCUGGCCCCCAUCUUGCCUGCCAGUGAGAAGGCAGGAGUGUGGCUUGUAGUACUCGCCCUCAACUCUUGUGAGGCCCUUCUCCACUCCAGGAAAAGGUUGGAUGAAGCAUACUAUGUUCUUGAGAGUAGGGCUCAUUCUUGGUAGCACUGACAUGUAGGAUGAAAUAAUCCUCUGUUGUGUGGAGCUGUCCCCACGUUGCACACCCUUGACACAAUAGCAUCCCCUCGCAUACCCCCCCCCCCCCCCGGAUGCAACAACACAAACUGUCUCUGGACAGGGCUGCAGCAUCCCUGGCUGAGACCUGCUGCUCCGGAUGGGUGGGAAACUGCCAGAGAUGGCUUUGCAGGCUGUCCAGUACGGUGCCCAUCAUAGGGGUCUCCCUAGAGGGACCUAAGCAUCUUGCAUCACACUGACUCCUGGGAGCAUCAGGUACUUCUGUAUCACCCCAAGGGUCGGCAGGAGUUGCUUUAGUAAGUACAGAAUGCGACAACAACCUGCAUGGCUUAUGUAUCUUAAAGAAAUCCAUCGCUCUGGUUCAACAGUUUAAGAGCUCUUUUUUCUAGGACCUAGUUUGGAUUCCCAACACCCACAUGGUGGUUCAUCACCAUCUAUAACUCCAGUUCCAGGGGAUCUGAUGGCUGUUUCUGACCUCCACAGGCACCAAGGAUACAUACAGGCAAAACACUCACACAUAAAAUUAAGUGAAUAAGCAGGUGAUGGUGGCGCACGCCUUUAAUCCCAACAUUCGGGAGGCAGAGGCAGGUGGAUCUCUGUGAGUUCCAGGCCAGCUUGGUCUACAGAGUGAGUUCCAGGACAGGCUCCAAAGCUACACAGAGAAAUUCUGUCUCAAAAAACAAAAAAAUUAAGUGAAUAAAUAUAAUUUUUAAAAUAAAAAAAAGAAAUGGAUGACUCAUAACUCUGAAACCCAGGCAGUCUGAGAUAGGGUGCCAGCAGAUUUGGUGUUUGGUGAAGGGUCAUUUCCUCACAGACAGUCUGUCAUAUGGCAGAAGGAGUUAGGUAACUUUCUAGGGUUUCUUAAAAGACGUUAGAGUCACCCCUCACUAUCUGUAGGAGAUUGGUUCCGGGACCUCCAUCAAGAAGACUGAAGUCGCCGGGCGGUGGUGGCGCACGCCUUUAAUCCCAGCACUCGGGAGGCAGAGCCAGGCGGAUCUCUGUGAGUUCGAGGCCAGCCUGGGCUACCAAGUGAGUUCCAGGAAAGGCGCAAAGCUACACAGAGAAACCCUGUCUCGAAAAACCAAAAAAAAAAAAAGACUGAAGUCUGUGAAUGCUCAUAUCCUUUAUAUAAAAUGGAGUAGCGUGGGUUGGGCGGUGGUGGCGCACGCCUUUAAUCCCAGCACUCGGGAGGCAGAGCCAGGCGGAUCUCUGUGAGUUCGAGGCCAGCCUGGGCUACCAAGUGAGUUCCAGGAAAAGGCGCAAAGCUACACAGAGAAACCCUGUCCUGAAAAAAAAAAUUAGUGUUUGCAUCAGCUGCUUGUGAAAUCAAGAGCUGGAAGCUAAUGGACGGUUAAGUGAGGUCCGGUGAUAUCAUUUGGUGUUCCUGAUUACAAUCAGAUUUUCUUCGUCAUCCUUGCGGCAUUGUGGUAAGGUGUGGACUCCCUCCCUUGAGUCAAGACCAUAAACAUUCUCUGCUCCCUUCUGACCACAGCUUCUCUCUGUGCAUGCACUUCUGUGCCUAGCUACAGGAUCUUCCUAAUUUUAUGACUGCAUGCUUCAAGCCACUUAAUCUUGCUCCUCCACACACAUGUCUGUCUCCUGCUCCAUCUCUGCUAACCUGACUCAGGUGCUAUUGAUCAAAGAGGGGUGGCUAUAUUUUCUGGUAUCUCUGUUGCCAUGUGAUAAUGUCAGUGUGUUUUCUAUAUCAGACUAAAGAGGUAACAUCAGACCUCCAUGAUGGGUUCUGUUCUUGAGAGAUUAUUUUACCUCGUAUAUGAAUCGAGUUCAAAGGGGAACUUAGGGAUUUCCCUGUGACCAUGCACCUCUGACACGUUGUGACCAGAAACAAAAUGGCAAUUUGUGUUUCCUCCUUGAUCCUUAUAGAAAAGAAAUUGAUGCCAUGUCUGAGAGAGGAAAUCAUACCUUGUUCCUACUCAUAAUUCAUCUCUUGACGUAUAGUGGAAUAAAUUUAAUCCCCCAGCUUUAGAAAGAAAGAGGUUGACUUGGUCAUGCACAAUGUCACUAGGAAGCUUACAUUAAAUGUUAAAGAGAACAACCAAUGAUAAGCAAUCUAACCUUUAAUAUCAACUAAAUCAAAAAGUAAUGAGAUGUUUCUAUACCCAAGCUUUCCUUCAAGACUGGUGUAACUUACUGUCUGGGUGUUCAACAACCAAACAUGGAGACCAACGCUAAUAAAUAUGUAGAGGCUAAGAGGACAGCCAAUAUUUUUGCCCUUGCCCCAAGGUCAGGGGCAUGACAGGAUAUGUCUCAACAUGCUCUGCAGCUCCGGUAAGUCACCUGCCCUAUCCUCUUGAUGAGAGAGGCCAUGGCAGGCCAGUGGCACAACACAUAACAUGUCUGACUACAGAUCAGAAGACAGAGAGGCCACGAAGAUACAGAGAUUGCUGUCAACUAGUGAACGCUUGGCAAGAGGAGGGUUGAUAAGGAAGGAAAUGUCCACCGGGCUUCCAAGGGAAGCCACGUGGUCAGCAAGACCCUGUUAUCUUGUCUUGGAAUUCCCUCCACCACGCUCCGCUACUUUGAAUUCCGUCUCACUCCGAUUUUUAGGCUAGAGGCAGAAGUUGGUCAGAGUCUUGGCUGUAGAAGGCCCACUAGUCUGAUUCUCCUCAGAGUCUCCGUUCUCCUCCACCCUCAUGAGCACAAACUCUACAACUGGCAUUUCUGUGGACAUUCUGAUCUGCAGAGCUCCCACCAGAAUGGCCCAUUAAGUUCUGCUUACAGAACUCUAGGGUUCUUUCUUGCCCAUAGUUCCAAACCCUUUCACAUUCCUCCUGUAAACCAUUUCCAAAGACCUAGAAAAACACGUGGUCACGUUUGUCACAGCCAUGACCUCGCUUCUGGUUCUAAUAUUAGUCACAUUUCUACUUAACCGAACACCUGAUAAGGGAGGAAGGGUUCAUCUUGGCCUGUGUCGUAAUUCCAUACAGUUUCCCAGGAAACCACAAAUAGAUGAAAAACAUUAGGACCACAUUUGGGGCUUUAUGAUAGGACCCUGGCUCCCGAGAUGCAUUGGACUCUUUGAUAUUCUUGAGGUAAAGCAGGUCUGAUCUAGUCAGGAGGGAGUCAUUUUUGUCCUCUCCUGCUGCCCAGGACCACACUUCUGUCAAUAAAUCCUCCCAAUAGGUGGCUUUGUGGGAGAUGCUUUAACUGGCCAUCAGUGCCUAGCUGGCUGUAGAUGAAUUCAACUUGUCUCUCUUCUUUCUUCUUGGGCUGUGACCUGGAGAGUUAGAGCUGGAAAGUAGAAAAUGGAGGUGCUAAGUUAAAACCCUUAGCUUAUCACUUUCUAUCACUGGAUAAAGACAGGAAGGAUGAGGUGUGAGCUGUAAGCUCAUGACCAGAGUGGUACAGAAUAGGCUGAGGGAGUGAGAGGGAGCCUGAGACUGGAAUGCUAGAGGAUGACCGUGACCUGCAUGCUGUGAGCGUUGCCUGUUCCCUCCAUGCUUAUUACGGUGCAAAGUAAAGACACAGGAUACUCAGGGAACUGUGUAAGACUACAGUGGUGUGGAAUUGAAUUUGGAAAAACCUUCAAACUGCUUCCCUAUGAGCACCAGACUGCCUGGAUAAGUAGACCAUGGGGCAGAGAAAGAGGGGACAUUUCUGUGGUGGGAAAUGAUUGCUGAUAACACGAAUAUCAGUGCCAUUCACUGGGCCCUUAAGCCGUUCAUUUAUCUGUGCAAUGCCUGCCGGACCCAGGGAAGUCAUCCUUUUAUGGAUUGGUCCAUCUUGGGAAUAGGAGAGGCAUGUCAACGGAAGAGUAUCAUGUGAUUAGUGUGCAGAUCUAGCUGCCUGGUGGGCAUACUGAGUUUGGAGGAAAUGAAUUUUAAAAAGGUGGUUUUACAACCUGCUCAUGGAAACUUCUAUGUCUCUAUUUGGUCAAUGGAAGUCAAAUGGAACUUGGAAAAUGAACCUAAGUUACAGGAGUCAAAUAAGGUGAUGCUUCUUAUCUGCAGCACGGUGCCCAACAGUACCUACUUCCGGGGGGCUGGAUGGGAGAGCAGGUGUCAUGCCCACUCAGCUCCACAAGGGCUGUCCUAUACUAAUGUUGGUUCGGCAUUUGUUUGAAACUGGACCCACAAGACCAGUUCACGCUCACUUGGGAAGGAAACCAGUAGACAUUCCCCGCUGCUAGUGUUUGGUCCCAUUGUAUCCACGACAGCAUGCCAGCUGGUACAGGUUGUCCUCUCUUACAGGACACUAGAGGAUGGUUGCAUGCCUCUACACAAGGGAUGGGUAGAAAGCACUGUACCGCCUGCCCAGUCCCCAGGUAUAUUCCAGUCAGUGAAACCUGUUCAAACGCAGACGUGCUAUGAGGCAAAGCAUGAAUCUUCCCUAUGGGGAAGGGCGAUCAGGCUUUUGCAGGACUCAUGGACAGUUGUGGCUUUCAUUCUUCAUCUAGCCUGAUGCCUAUGCCCACUGUGUCCACUCAUUAGGAAGGGAGGAAGGAAGUCAUACGGAUUUGGGGCUGUGGCUCAGUGGUAGAGUGUUCACCUGACAUGUCUGAGGCCUUGUGUUCCCUAGAACCACAAUAAACAAACACUUAGAAAUGGAAGGGGGUCGCAUGCACCUCGGCUCCUCCAACUGCAAGCCUCUGCAAUGGCCGAGACUUAGCAGCCCAUCUCAGACCGUGGGCACCUGUUCCCGUUUCAGUUGCGGGACAAAUGGCAUGAGCUGGGCUUUCUGGUAAGAACCAAUACAAAAGGCAGCUCUGGGCUUUUGCUCCUAGCUCUGAAAGAGCUAACCUAGGCUUUCUCCUUAGAACAGCAGUUUUGAGCAGUGUAUUAUGCCUUGGAAGAGGUGGAGCCACUGGCUGGGACUACCAAUGACAGCAUGAAGUAGCCUCUCUAUAAUGGUGUAGGUGGGUGGCUUGGAGUGUAGACUCUGCUCUAAGUAAGUGGUAUGUGUAAAGGAGAUCGUUUUCUCAAGAGCUUCCUGACUCCUGAGCCACAGUGUUAGACCUGCUACCUCUAAAACAGCCUCCACCAAGGUGGCAUAUAUACACAUAAACAAAAUAAAAAUAAUAAAAAUAAACAUCAACCCCUAGGGCUUUGGGAAAGGUGAGCAUACAUAAUAUAGAAUAUAAUCUAAUAUUUAUAUGUAAUAGAUAAAGUAGCUACUGAAUAAAUUGAAGGAAGUGUAAUUGCAUAAAAUAAUAUGUUAGAAUGGAGAACUAACUACAAAUAUAGAUAUAGAAGAUGUUAAAAUAUAAUAAAAUAUUAUUCAUUCUUAUAAAAAAGGCAAAAACUUUGACAAAAAUACUUUCUAGGACAAUAUAAAUAAAGUUUCAAUAUUUGGGACAUAUUUAACCUAAAUGCCAUUUAUCUGAAAUUUAGGCUUAUUUGGCAUCUUAUAUUUUUAUUUGCUGCUAUGUCAAAUAUGAGUAACUAAUGAACGUGACAUUAAGGGCAAAGAUCUAAACACAUUGGCGAUUGUUCUGGCUAGUUUUAUGUCAACUUAACACAAGCUAGAGUUAUCUGAAAGGAGGGAACCUCAACUGAGAAAAUGCCUCCAUAAGAUCCAGCUGUAAGGCAUUUAUUUAAUUAGUGAUUCAUGGGGAGGGCCCAAUCCAUUGUGGGUGGUGUUAUCCCUGGGCUAGUGGUCCUGGGUUCUAUAAGAAGGCAGGCUGAGCAAGCCACAUAAAGCAAGCCAGUAAACAGCACUCCUCCAUGACCUCUGCACCAGCUCCUGCCUCCAGGUUCCUAUCCUGCUUGUGUUCCUGUCUUGGCUUCCUUCAGUGAUGAACAGUAGUAAUAUGGAAGUGUAAGCCAAAAACACCCUUUCCUCCCCAAGUUGCUUUGGUCAUGGUGUUUCAUCACAGCAAUAGUAACCCUAACUAAGACAAUUUGGGACCGCGAUAGUGGGGUAUUGCUGUGACAGACCUGACCAUGUUGUUUUGGGAGGAUUGUUGAAGGACUUUAGAACUUUGGGGUAAAAGAGCCAUUGAGUGUUGAGAGCUCAGUGAGCUGUUCUGAGGGAGCUUGGAAGAUAAGAAUGUUAGAGCAGUGCCGGAUGAUGGAGGCCUGGCUUGUGAAGUUCCAGAGGGAAGCAAAGACUCUCCUGGGGCCAUUUGAGCUAAGAACCUGUGGUGUCUCGUCAGCUGGAACCGAAGAAUCAGCUGUGAUUAACAAGAGACCAGAACCACUAAAGCGAAAUCCUUGCUUUGCUGGGACAAUGGAUGCUGAUCAGCUGGGGCUGAGGAAUCAGCUGUGAUUAACAAGAGACCAGCAUCACUGAGGUGAAAUCUUCUGGGAAGUGUUCCUGAGAGUCAGCACAGAGAAGCUGUGUUCUAGAGGCGGCCAAGGUUGUACCUUCUGCUGGCCGCUGAACCUGGUAGUGUCAGAAUCACCCAGGUGGUGCUGGUUUUGAAGGCAUGAAUGGACUAUGGGAAGCAGCUGUGUGGCAGGGCUGGCGUGCCUGAAGAGAGCCUAUUGGUGAAAGUGCAGCCCAGUUGCACCAAGGGACCCUGGCGUUUUGGAGAUAUGAGUACCAUGGGAUGACCACGAAGAACAGCAGCCGGUGUGGAGCCAACCAGAGCCUAGAAGACAGGCUGUGUGUGCUGCAGAGGGCAGAUCCAGGUAAGUGGAGAUGCUCUUUGAAGGAGCCAGAAAAUCGUGAGUGAAUCCCAGAUAAUUGGAUGUUGAGUUAUUUACACUUUUGUAGUUUGGUUUGUUAUGUUCAGGUUGUGACUAUGUCCUGGUUCUCCCUUCUGGAAGUGAGAAGGUAUUUAACUUAUUUUUGAUUUUCCAGAGGUCCACAGUUGAAAUACUGAAUUUUAAAAGAGAUUUUAGAUUUUUAAAAGAUAUUUGGAUUUUUAAAGAGACGGACUUUUAAAGGGUUUGAAUUUGUAAAGACUGGGACAUUAAGUUUGUAAAUGUUUUAUAUUGUGAUGUUGAUGUUAAUUGGUGACCUUGGGGAUGACCAAGGAAAGGUUAUGGUGUGAUAGUGAUAUGUUUGUGUGUCAAGUUGGCAAGGCUAGUUUUUUCUUGUUUUUGUUUUUGUUUUUUAGUUUAGGGUUUUGUUUGUUUGUUUUGAGACAGGGUUUCUCUGUGUAGUCCUGGCUGUCCUGGAACUCACUUUGUAAACCAGGCUGGCCUCGAACUCAGAGACUUACCCACUUCUACCUCCCAAGUGCUGGGAUUAGAGCUGUGUGUCACAACAUCCAACACAUCGUGGCUAGUUUUAUGUCAAUUUGACACAAGCUUGAGUCAUCUGAAAGGAGGGAGCCUCAUCGAAGCAAUAGAAACGCUAGGACAGUGUCCAUUCAAGAAAUCGAGACCCUUGCCUGAACCGAGCAAGCCUAUCCUAGAUCCCCCUUCGCAAAGUGCUAUGGAUAAAGCAUGUCCUGCCAUUAGGACUAGAGAAUUAUUCUGUGCGUCGGACAGUGUAAAGCAAGGAGAAAAAUGUCCAUACUUAACUUCAUGAAGCCAGUGUCCAUCCCAUACCUGGCAAAGACAUGCACAGGCCAAAUGUGCCUCUUGUACAAUGCAAACUCCUACAUAAAACAUUGGCAAAAGAACAGUAUGUCCCACCUGUUUGGGUAGAGCUGGCUCUAAUACUUCCAGAAAGCUUUCUUGGUAUUUGUGCAAACACGUCUCUUAUCUCUGAUCUUUCCCUAGAGAAGAGAAGCUGGGCUGGAGAGAUGGCUCAGAGGUUAAGAGCACUAACUGCUCUUCCAAAGGUAGAGUUCAAUUCCCAGCAACCACAUGGUGGCUCAUAACCAUCUGUAAUGUGAUCUGGUGCCCUCUUCUGGCCUGCAGUCAUACAUGCUGUAUACAUAAUAAAUAAAUAAAUAAAUAAAUAAAUAAAUAAAUAAAUAAAUAAAUUUUAAAAAAAAGAAAGAAAAGAAAAGCCACAGGGUAGCUCCACAAAGGAUGAAGAAGCAUUUGACACUUGACAGCAUUUGGCUUCCAUUCUUUUGUGUGUGGGGAAGUGGGGCACGUGCCACUGUACUCAAGUAGAGGUCAGAGGACAGCUCUUGGGAGUCAGGUCUCUUGCUACCUUGUGGCGCAAGUGCCUGUACCGAUACAGCCAUCUCACCAGCUACACAGCCUUUUUUAAAAAAGAUUUAAAAAAAAAUUAAGGGGCUGGAGAGAUGGCUCAGCAGUUAAGAGCACUGACUGCUCUUCCAGAGGUCCUGAGUUCAAUUCCCAGCAACCACAUGGUGGCUCCAACCACCUGUAAUGAGAUCUGGUGCCCUCUUCUGGCC